CACAUCUCGUCAUACCAAUCCAUAUUCUCCAUUGUUCCUGAUCCUAAGUGAAAAAGCUAGAAUUCUAAAAACACAUUUCUUUUCCUGUAUAAGCUUUUUCGGUAAAGAGAAAGAAUAAUGGGUUCCCUUACCAUUAUAGAGAAGCCUCAUGCAGUGUGCAUACCAUACCCAGCUCAAGGCCACAUAAACCCAAUGCUCAAAUUUGCCAAACUCCUCCAUUCCGAAGGCUUUGAUAUCACCUUUGUCAACACCGAGUUCAACCACAAACGCCUCCUUAAAUCUAGAGGUCUCAAUGCCCUUGAUGGCCUCCCUUCCUUCAGGUUUCGAACCAUUCCCGAUGGCCUGCCUCCGACCGACGUGGAAGCCACUCAAGACAUACCUUCUCUGUGUGAAUCAACUAGAAAAAACUGCUUAGCUCCCUUUAGAAGCCUUCUUUCCAACCUCAAUUCCUCCCCCGAUGUCCCUCUUGUCUCGUGCAUAAUUUCUGAUGGUGUCAUGAGCUUCACUCUUGAUGCAGCUGAAGAACUUGGUAUUCCCGAAGUUCUUUUCUGGACAACUAGUGCUUGUGGCUUCAUGGCCUAUCUUCAUUACCAUCAACUCAUCGAAAAGGGCUUGACACCUCUUAAAGAUGCAAGUUUUAUAACAAAUGGAUAUUUGGAAACGGUAGUUGAUUGGAUACCAGGAAUGAGAGAUAUCCGACUGAGGGACAUUCCAAGCUUCAUAAGAACCACCAAUCCAGAUGACAUUAUGCUAGAUUUUGUUACGGUCGAAUCCGAAAGAGCUAAAAGAGCUACCGCCAUCAUUUUGAACACCUUCGAUGCACUUGAACACGACGUUUUGGAUGCACUUGCAUCCAUUUUACCUCCUGUUUACUCCAUUGGACCGCUGCAUCUUCUGGUUAAUCAGAUUACCGACGAUGACACGAAGUCGAUUGGAUCAAACCUAUGGAAAGAGGAUCAAGAGUGUCUCAAAUGGCUGGACACCAAGGAACCAAACUCCGUUGUUUACGUGAACUUUGGAAGUAUCACGGUCAUGACGGCUGAGCAAAUGAUAGAGUUCGCAUGGGGACUUGUAAGUAGCAACAAAACGUUUCUGUGGAUCAUUAGGCCUGAUCUUGUAGCCGGUGAAACCGCAGUACUUCCUGCGGAGUUUAUGGCAAAGACUGAAGAGCGAGGUCUGUUGGCAAGUUGGUGUCCGCAGGAGCAAGUUCUGAACCACCCUGCCAUCGGAGGGUUUUUGACUCACAGCGGCUGGAAUUCGACGCUGGAGAGCCUGUGUGCAGGAGUGCCGAUGCUGUGCUGGCCAUUCUUCGCCGAGCAACAGACCAACUGUCGGUACUGCUGCAAAGAUUGGGGGAUUGGGAUGGAGAUUGAGAAUGAUGCUAAAAGAGACGAGAUAGAGAGUCUUGUCAGAGAGUUGAUGGAUGGUGACAAGGGUAAAGAAAUGAAGAAGAGAGCUCUGGAAUGGAGAAACUUGGCACUGGAGGCUUCUACUUCACCACAUGGGUCGUCUUUCUUGAAUUUGGAGAGAGUGGUCAAGAGCGUUGAUUUAUCAUCGAAAUAUUAGAAUUUUCUUUCAUCUCUAUGUAUAAUUUUUUUUUUUUUUUUUUGGGGGGGGGGGGGUGCUGGAAAUCUCUUUGUGUAAGUUAUGUUCGACGAGUUCAGUUCUUAUCAAUCGUGUAACAAGUUUUUUUAUUGCCUAAAAAUUUAAAAAAAAAGAAAAAAAAAAGAAAAAAAGAAGGGAUUUGUCCCUUUGGUUUUUUUUAGCCCUUCA